AUGAGAACCAGCAGGCUCGCACUGUUGCUGACGCUGACGCUGGGUGUCCUUGCGGAUGUCACCACCACUUCCUCUUCAUCAUCCUCCACCACGAUUGCCGUUGCAAAUGCUGCAACAACCGCUACCACCGGAACCGAUACGACAUCAGCAGAAAAUGCAACAACGCCUACUACAACUUCAUCUACGACUUCCAGUUCAUCAUCCACGCCAACAGCUGCCGCAGCAACCACUACUGGCAUCACCCCAGUGACUACAACCACGGCAGCAACCACUCCAACUACAUCUUCUUCACUAGAGACAACCACUUCGACGACCGCACCAGCCACAACAGAGGCAGCCACCAGCGACACCGCAACCGUUACACCUACAACGUCCUUGACCUCUGAGACUGGAACUGACACCGAGAGUACGUCUUCCACCAGUGUCUCUCCAACGAUUAUCUGGGUCACCAUCACCGAAAAUAACUCGGUGGCUACCGUCUCUACAACCUAUUCACAGAAAUUUUCAUCCAUGUUCUCCACCACAGCCACCCCGUCGUCGGGAGUAGUGGGACUCGGUUCGCUUACUUUGAAAGGUACGGUCGGGACCCUUCGCACGUACAAGACUGUCACAGUUUCCACUUCGUGAGCAUCGAAUCGCAUGGCAUUAUGUGGCGCAUUAAAAAGCAUAUACGUAACUAAAAAUAAAUUCAAG